UCUGUCCUCUCUCUCGCUCUCUCUCUCCUCCAGUUCCCGCCAGCAGCAGCAGAACCAGCAGCUCCUGUGAUUCAGCACUGAAGCCUUGGAACUGUACAGGAUUAUCUGUCUUUUUUCUUCUUCUUCUUCUUCUUCUUUUCAAAAGACUAAGGAUUUUUUUCCGUGCCACUGCAGCAUGGAGACCACCACUGGGGAAUAUGUUGAUAACUAUGAUUAUUAUGAUGACAAUGAGACUGCCUGUGACUUCUCAGAGUGGGAGCCGUCCUACUCCCUCAUCCCGGUCCUCUACAUGCUCAUCUUCAUCCUGGGCCUGUCGGGUAACGGCGUUGUCAUCUUCACAGUCUGGAGAUCCAAAUCGAAACGCCGGGCUGCAGACGUCUACAUAGGGAACCUGGCCCUCGCUGACCUCACCUUUGUUGUAACCCUACCUCUCUGGGCUGUGUACACGGCGCUGGGCUACCACUGGCCCUUUGGUGUGGCCCUGUGCAAGAUCAGCAGCUAUGUUGUUCUGGUCAACAUGUACGCCAGUGUUUUCUGCCUCACCUGCCUGAGCUUUGACCGCUACCUGGCCAUCGUUCACUCUCUGUCCAGCAGCAGGCUGCGCUCGCGGGGCACCAUGCUGGCGUCCUUGGGCGCCAUUUGGCUCCUGUCCGGCCUGCUGGCCGUGCCCACGCUGCUCUUCCGCACCACCUUGAACGACCAGAACAGCAACCGGACCACAUGCGCUAUGGACUUCAGCCUAGUGACCAUGAACCAGAGGCACGAGUACCUCUGGAUCGCAGGACUCAGCUUGUCCUCCUCCGCCUUGGGUUUCCUCCUGCCUUUCUUGGCCAUGACCAUCUUCUACUGCUUCAUCGGCUGCACCGUCACGCGUCACUUCAACAACCUGCGCAAGGAGGACCAAAAGAAGAAGAGGCUGCUGAAGAUCAUCACCACACUGGUGGUGGUUUUUGCCAUCUGCUGGACUCCCUUCCACGUGCUGAAAAGCAUGGACGCCCUCUCCUACCUGAACCUGGCGCCGAACUCCUGCGGCUUCCUGCGCUUCCUGCUGCUGGCCCACCCCUACGCUACCUGCUUGGCCUACGUCAACAGCUGCCUUAACCCGUUCUUGUACGCCUUCUUUGACCUGCGCUUCCGUUCCCAGUGCCUGUGCCUGCUCAACCUGAAGAAGGCUAUGCAUGGCCAGAUGAGCUCCAUGUCAUCCACGCUCAGCGCCCAGACUCAGAAGUCAGAGAUUCAGUCUCUGGCCACAAAGGUGUAGAGAGUAAAAGGAAAGGUGGAGCGGUGCUGCGGGACGGUCUCAGCUCCCACCACUGGAACACUUGUAAAAAUACAGACCUUAUGUGUCCAUUGUUGAAAGCUGGUAAGAUGAGAUGAUGAACUUUUGAUUUGUCACUGCUCACAGUCAUGAAAUCCAUUAUAUGUUCCUCCUGUUCUACAGUGAGAGGCGGCGAUGCUCUCUUUGUUGUGUGGACUUGGGAAGCUGGAGCCAGCGGGCUGAGCUCCGUAGCUGCUUUUGUUCCUCAAAUUCUCAGAGAAAAAGUCUAUUUUUUUCGUCUUGUGUGUUGUUUUGUCCUGCCCUGCAAAAGUUGUCAUUUGUAUCACAAGACGGGGCAGAAGUCUGAUUUGAAAAACAUACACUGAUUUUAAGAAUUGUGAUUUGCAUGGACAUCUGUUUACACUGGAGGAAACAUAAAGCUGUACAGUAUUUUCAUACCAUAGCAUUUUCUUUUUGUUCAGAUAUAUUGCUGUUUUGUUUUAGAAGCACUUGUUUAAAAUGAAAUAAAGAAAAACGUGUAAGCAGGGAAAUCAAACAGAGCAGUGUCCUCUUAAAAGCUUGUUGUUUGUGAAGGUAGAAGUCUGGGGGGGUGGGGGGGGUGGGCGUAAGAGGAGAAAAGGUGUUGCGGCUUAAUUAUAUAGUUUGUGGAGAGGAGACGGGGGCAGACAGGCAGAUGGCAGUUGACAAAUGUUGGGGGAACAGGAACGGGGUGGGGCGGGGUGGAGGGGUCUCACAGUGUAGCCACGGCACUAAAGAGGGACAAAGGAACUUUAUAAAUGUUCCAAUCUGAUGUAUAUGUUUUAUUUUUUUGACAUCACUGUAACUAACUACUGCAUUAAAGAUGUGUUCUAUGACCUAGAUCUCUUAAAUUCAUUGAGAGUGUGUGUAAGAGUGUGUGACAACCAAAGUUAUAUGAUUUUAAAGGUGAAGAGGAGAAAGUAAAAAAAAACUCUGAUCCCAAAUGUAAAUGUUUGCAUUAAAAAGGGCCUUUGGAAACUCUUUCAUUAAACCUGUAGUUUCAAAUCA